AGUUGUUUAAUGAGAUCCUGGUAUCGAUUUAAUUGGGUUAUCUUAUUCAGAUAGUCAUGUUGUGACCUUUUCUACCCAUAAUUUAACUCCCAACCAUUCCAUUGCGGUCCAUGAUGGAUGAAAACAGUGCGGACAAUUUGUCCUAUCUGGGCACUGUGACUCUGACGCCCUACCACACGCAGACCAUGCUGCCCUGGAUCCUCGCAGAGAUGCAGAGUAGAAGCACGGAGGCUGGCGCUAAAAUAGACUGCACCCUGGACUUCGAUGAAACCAAUGUCAAAGCGGUGUCUCAAGAUGACGGGACAGUAGUGUUGUCUCAUCCAAUUCUCUCCAUUUCUCGAUUCGUACAUCCGAGAACAGAAAGUGUGGGCUCAGGCGGAAACUCCAAGUUCCCGUCGUUCGCCUACAUUGAACGAGAUUUACACAAUGGAAACUCGUACAAGAUUCAUGCGUUUCAAUGCUUCAAUAAGUCACAGAUCGAAUCAUACGUGAAGCUGUUGAACAGUGCUCUGGAAGGCGCGUUUGCUUUGAAGUCGGAACGCGAAAUAUCUGGCAACGAUUUCCAGUCGGCUCUGACCAACUCAGUGUUUAAAUUAGUGGCUGUAGGACCUGUGAAUACGAAAACACUGACAUCUCUGAACGUAGACGAAAUUAUAACUAGCCGACUGCCCGGCGGACCGAAGAACUUCCAGAUUGUGACUCACUUGCGAAUGAUGGAAGUGGCCACUUACAUCAGGACGGGCUCAGACCACUUUUACAUUGUGAGCAGCUACAACACAGCCAAACAGACAGUGGUGGCCAGGAGAUACACUGACGUCACAGGAUGCUCAUUGGGCAAGACAUACAGCGAUGGAAUGGCCAUUGUGUGCAGGGAGAACAACACUUUCGUGUGCUACUGUUUAGUCAACGAUGACUCAGAAAUUACAUUCAUGAUCAGUCAGAAGUUGCAGGAGCUGAUCAAACAGGGUCUGAAGCGACUGCAGUCCAGCAGAGCCACGGUUUGCAGCCAGUGUCCCAUGAAUGCGUUCCACGAGUUGUGUCGAGACCUCGAAAAGCUCGACGACACCUCAAUCAACAGUGCAAUAAGGACAAAGUUCGAGUCAAUUUUGACAAGUAUAGGCCAGUUUGGCUCCAAUUCGAACCCGAAUUUAAAUGCUUCUUUCGUGGACCCUAUUCAACAAUUCGUCAACCAAUCACAAUCGGGAAGAAGACUUUCUGUGGCGACUGAAAAUGGGGCUAUGAUGGCUCUGCUUCGGCAGCACUUCGAAUCGAUGCAGCAGACACACCAACAUGUUUUCGGAUCGGAAUUGGGAAAUAAUUUGAAAGGCGGAUUUUUUGACAACUUCAACAAGGCCAAGAAAGCUAUGCAGGGGUCUCUGCAAGAAAUGAAGCACGUGAAGAAUGAAAUGAUUGAGGAAGCUUCGAGGAAUACGACAUCCAUUUUCACUCUUCCCCAGAAGGCCAUUGGAAACGGAAGCAAUAAAGGUCUGAUGUCUACUCCCAAAAACUGGAAAGAAGGCACAAAUGCACUGGAACACAAUCUGAAGGUUCUAGCCGGACGUAUGAAAGGUCAACAGAUGACCCCUGACCCGGUUGGCAGUUUGGCUGAAGAGUGGCUGGCCCUGAGGUCAAAAGGACGCAAGCCUUCUUUGCCGGUGUUCAGAGGCAUUCCCACCUGGAGGCAGGACAUCUACACACUCGUCACCACUCCAGUCAAGAAAUCCACUGAAGAGCCAAUCGGAGCCGUUGGAUAUGCGAAUGUACUAGAGAUACCAAUGGACUUUAGUGACUGUUCUCCUCUGGGGGUGAAGCCAGACCUAGAGGUGGUUGUAGCCAAAGUUACCAAACGAGACUACAAGGCCAUUUGGAAGCGGGCCAUUUUAGACCAGAUACUUCUCAUUCGAAUGGAAAAGGCAAACUCUACGCUUAAAGGCUGCUUUUUGCUGCACAUGGGAAAACGUGCAAUGGUGUUGUUCCCAGCAACACUCACUCAAUCCGAUCAAGCUUGCCAAGACUGGGUCGCUCACCGAAGAUGCAAACUGGACUUUGACGAUUCGAUCGGAGGUCUCCGAUGCCCGGAGGAGUUAGGCGAGGUGUGGCAGGACCUCCUGAACCAACAGUCUCUGCACAGUGUCAGGUACGACUACGUUUACGCUGCUGUGAAAUCAGGGAUACCUAAAUUAGUACGAGGAGAGGCCUGGAAGUUCCUGAGAAUGUACAACAUGCAAAGGCUUCGGGAGUCCCACGGAUGUCGGAAGACUCCGGAUGGUCAAACUUUGGAUUCGAAUUGUAAUCUGAUUGAAAAUGACACAAUUGUGACUCCAUUGUCCACUCUGGAAUUUCAAUACAACUACGAGAGUCUGAUCAGGAAGAAGAGCAAACAUCAAAACGACAUUUUUCUUGAUUUAGAUCGAACAUUCCCUACGCAUCCCUUUUUCGCAGAAAAGUACGGGAUUGGACAACUUGCUCUUUACAAUGUCCUUAGAGCCUACUCCAUCAUAGACGACGAUGUGGGAUACUGCCAAGGCAUGAGUUUCGUCGCAUCUGUCCUCCUUAUGCAUCUAACCGAAGAGGAAUCCUUCGAAAUGCUGAGAUACUUGAUGCAAGCUCUAAACUUACGUCGCCAAUACAGACCUCCAAACAUGACUGGACUUCAAGUUAAGCAGUACCAACUGCAAAGGUUGCUGCACGAUAGAUUGCCGAGGCUUCAUUCACAUUUACAGAAAUUAGAAAUACCGCCGACACUUUAUGCCACAGCCUGGUUCUUAACCUUAUUUUCGUCCCAGUUUCCACUUGGCUUGGUGAUACGUCUGUUUGAUCUCAUACUGCUGGAAGGACCCGAUGUUGUGUUUAAAGUAGCAAUUUUUAUUUUUACCAAGUUUGAAGGCGAGUUGCUUGCUAAAACGUCUUUUGAAGGCGUCAUAAAUUGGUUCAAAACUUCGUUGCCGACACUGGUGGCUGAAAAUGCUUCAGAUAUUAUUAAAUCGGCUUUCGACAGCAGCUUUGAGUACUUAAACAAACAACUGUUCGCCUACGAGGUAGAAUACCAAGUAAUGCGAGAAGAAGAAAUCAUCAAUUCGCCAAGCGGAGUAUCAAAAUUAGGUGAAAACAAUCUACCGAAAUCAGAAACAUCUUCAGAUAUCGCAAAUAGCAGGAAUGACUAUUCGGGUCGAAAUAGUGGAUCAAGUCUGCAGAAACACAAUGAGUUCUGCCUUGAAAAGGUGGCAGCUCUGAACAAAAAACUGGAGAAGGAUAACUAUGCUCUGGAAUUGAAGACACAACAUCUCCGGUCGCACAGCUAUGAGCUGCAGGACCAGGUCGCUUCUCUGCAAAAGGAAGAGUGCAAACUCCACUCGGCUCUGUUGCAGCUAGCACAGGAACGCGAGUCGCUCAAACGAACAGUCGAGGCUCUCUGUUCAGAACUGGAAAAGACUUCUCGCAACCCAAACGUCAAUUCACAGAUACCAUUGAGCUCAACGGUUUUAGCCGAUUUGCAAUUAAGUAAUUUGGACGACAUUUUGCCCGAAAAGUUGGCAUCUAAUCUAAACCAAUCACACUCAAACUCAAACGUGUUUCACCCUCCCAACGCUCUUAAUGGAGAUUCAUUGAGCAAUAUUAACAGUAGUAAAUAUUACGCCAAUAGUGCAGUAUCAAACAACAGCCAAGCUUAUAUGUCAAAUUUCACAAAUGGAAGUAGUUUUUAAUUUAGUUGACUGAAAUAAAAUUUCUUAUUGAAAAAAAUCGAUGAUGCGACUUGUUAACAAUAUGUAUAGAUGCUCUUUUCCUUUGUUGUUGUUAUUCAUUUUGAAGCUUUAUGACAUCUGACGGUUAAAAAGCAUUAGAAAUACAAGAAAUGUUGCUCGGAUGCUGAGCAAGCCGCACAAACUGUUACGACCACACAAAAUGUAAAACAUAAUU